CACGUGGGGCCCAUCCCCCCGUCGCUCCCUCACGUGCCCUAUCCGCUCCUCCCUCCAAAAUCUCUCUACUCCCUCUCUCCCUCCCGCCUCUCCCUCUCCAAUCACCCCUUCGGCUCCACGUGGAUCCACCUUCCUCCCCCACGUGUCUCCCGCGUUGACCCAGUCGUCGCCCAAGUUGGGUCCUGCGUCGUCGUCGCCGGCGGCGCGUGCGACUUCGAGAACGUCGCACGUGCGGUCGAGGUUUUCAACCUCGCCGAUCCCACCACGAGCUGGACCCUCUGCGACCAAAUACCAGAGGACUUAGCCCGGUCAUCUUCCGCCACGUGGCUCUCCUCCGCCACGUCGGCUAAGCUGCUGUACGUCCUCGACAAAGACUCCGGUGUCUUCAGUUCGUUCGAUCAGUCAACAGGGAAGUGGUCUCGCACGUGCGAGCUGAAACCAGACCGCGCGACUCGUGUCUCUGCUAUUGGAUUCUCAAACGGAAGGCUUCUUCUUGUUGGAUUAUCGGGUUCGGAUCCGGAUCCGGUUAGCUUAAAGAUAUGGGAAGUGGGUUUCUGUUUGGAUCUCAUAAAAUUUACGGAGAUUGGGAGGAUGCCGGAGGAGUUGGUCGAGGGGUUAGCGGGUUCGGGUUUCGGGUUGACUACUAUCGGGUUCGGGUUGGUGGGGGACUACGGGUAUUUUUACAACCCGGGAGAUUUUAGACGCGGGGCGGUGUUUUGGGAAAUUGACGGAGGGAAAUGGGAGAGCGUGGAGAUGCCUGAUGAAGUUGAUCAGGAUCCGACGGCUAGGAUUGUAUUUGGGUGUGCUAGAGUGGAGCUUGCUGACUUGAAAAGGGUGCAUGGGGUUAGGGUGUAACAGGAUGUUCACUGGUUGGUUUGCUGCAAAAAUAAAGUUCAGAAAAAAAAAUUAACUGUUGGGAGGAAAUCAGCUUCAAAUCUCAGAUAAUGAUAGAUGUAUGCUCAAUGAAGGUUCAGUGUCUUGUUAAGUGUAAAAAUUUGGUGAUUUUACUAUAAGCUAGAUCAUCAAAUUAGCAUU